ACCUAAUGACUGUUGUUCAUUGGAAGCGACGUGUCCGACGCGCACUGAAGGCAGCACCAGAUCCUGAAGUUUGUAGAUGAAAUAAGUCCAGCUGGGUCAUGCUCUAGUUUUAAGUCAUGGCGAAACAAUACGACGUUUUGUUCAGAUUGCUCCUUCUCGGAGACUCCGGUGUUGGGAAGACAUGCAUGCUGCGCAGGUUCACGGAAGGUGAAUUUGAUUCUUCGCAUAUUUCCACCAUCGGAGUUGAUUUUAAAAUGAAAACAAUCAAGAUUGGUGGACUCAAGGUCCGAAUACAGAUCUGGGACACAGCAGGACAGGAACGCUAUCAGACUAUCACCAAGCAGUACUACAGGCGCGCCCAGGGUAUCAUAUUUGUGUAUGACAUCACAAACCUGCCGUCUUUUCAGCACAUAGCUAAGUGGGCCAGUGAUGUAGAUGAAUUCGCCCCAGAUGAUGUCCAAACCAUCUUGGUGGGAAACAAAGCUGAUGAGGAGUUUGGCAGACAAGUAACAAAGGACCAAGGAAAAAAGCUAGCAGAAACCUACGGGAUGGAGUUCUUUGAGACCAGUGCUUCCACCAGCAGCAACAUCAGUGAGUCAUUCAUCCGUGUGACAGAACUGGUGCUUCAAGCUCAAAUGAGGGACGUGGAUAGCCUGUUGGGGUCUCUGGACAACUAUUUGGAUCGGGCCGCUCUGCAGGAAGAGAAGGGCAGCCAGGAUAAUGAUGCUCAGAGGACUUGUGCCUGUUAAAAAUGAAGCCUGUCACUAAACCUCAGCUUGCAGCUCUAGCAUAUUAGAUUUUAUUUAACCAUUUCCUGACUCUUUAAAAACACGUAGACUUGUUACACAGGAAAGUGUUGGAUUACUUUCACUUUUUCAAAUUAAAUGUCCACAGGUGCAGUAAACAGCAGCUGCCAACAGAGGGCUAGUUUGGCAGAAUGAUCAGGGAAUCUUCCUGCCAGUUUAAAUUGACCCGCUCAUUAUCUUUUCUCUCUUCAAAUGCUGAUCUCUGCAUCAUUAGUUUACUGAAUUGAGUGGCUUUUGGGCUUAUUUGUCCUUUUUUUUUUUAUUAGUUGAGGACAACUCAGAGCAAAGUUUACAUCCAUAUUUUUGCACCGUUGUGACAGACACAGAAACAAAGAGGUCAGAGAUAUGAAUUAUUAAGAUCUGGAAACUAAAACCAAGUGGAGCUGUUUCAUUUACUCUAUGGGCUUUCUUCUUAAAGGAACCACUACUGUGCCAUGCAGACAGAUAUUUAUAAAAAAAAAAAUGUUACUAUAAGUACUUAUUCUGAAUACUUUUAGAAGAGCGAAACUAUAAUAAGGUGCUGCUAAACACAAGGUGUUUAAUGUCUCUAAAGGAGACAAAGGUGUGUGAUUUUAAGAAAAAAAA